GCCCAGGGAAGGGGCGGCCCCCUGAGCCAGGGGAGGAAGGCCCUCCUCUCCCUCGCCCACUCUGCAUCUCCCAUGUAGCCCAGCAAGCUGCUGACAUGAACGUCUCUGUCGCCCCCGCCGUGAGCCCCAACAUCACCGUCCUGGAGCCGGUGAAGGGCCCGUGGCAGGUGGCCUUCAUCAUCCUCACCACGGGCCUGCUCUCGCUGGCCACCGUGACCGGCAACCUGCUGGUGCUGAUAUCCUUCAAGGUCAACAGUGAGCUCAAGACAGUCAACAAUUACUUCCUGCUCAGCCUGGCCUGCGCCGACCUCAUCAUCGGCGUGGUCUCCAUGAACCUCUACACCACCUACCUGGUCAUGGGGCGCUGGGCCCUCGGCACGCUGGCCUGCGACCUCUGGCUGGCCCUGGACUAUGUGGCCAGCAACGCCUCCGUCAUGAACCUGCUGCUCAUCAGCUUUGAUCGCUAUUUCUCCGUCACGAGGCCGCUCAGCUACCGAGCCAAGAGGACCCCUCGGCGAGCCGCGCUGAUGAUCGGCCUGGCCUGGCUGGUCUCCUUCGUGCUCUGGGCCCCGGCCAUCCUCUUCUGGCAGUACCUGGUGGGCAAGCGCACCGUGAAGGCGGGCCAGUGCUACAUCCAGUUCCUGUCGGAACCCAUCAUCACCUUCGGGACGGCCAUGGCUGCUUUCUACCUCCCCGUCACCGUCAUGUGCGUGCUUUACUGGCGCAUCUACCGGGAGACUGAGACCAGGGCCAGGGAGCUGGCCGCGCUGCAGGGCUCCGAGACGCCCGGGAAGGGCGUAGGCGGAGGCAGCAGCAGCAGCUCGGAGCGGUCGCAGCCGGGUCCCGAAGGUUCCCCUGACGUGUCCGCGAGGCGCUGCUGCUGUUGCUGGGGGCCCCGGCUCCUGCCUUCCUACAGCUGGAAGGAAGAAGAGGAAGAAGAGGAGGACGAAGGCUACCUGGAAUCUCUGACGUCCUCCGAGGGAGAGGAAGCAGGCUUCGAGGUGGUCAUCAAGAUGCCCAUGGUGGGUCCAGAAGCCCAGGCUCCAGCCAAGCCACCCCCGCGGGCGUCCCCCCAGACAGUGAAGCGCCCCACCAAGAAGACCCGCGAGCGGCCGGGCAAGGAGCCGAAGAGGAAAGGAAAGGAGCAGCUGAGCAAGCGGAAGACCUUCUCGCUGGUCAAAGAGAAGAAGGCCGCCAGGACCCUGAGCGCCAUCCUCCUGGCCUUCAUCCUCACCUGGACCCCGUACAACAUCAUGGUGCUGGUGUCCACCUUCUGCACUGACUGCGUGCCCGAGACCCUGUGGGAGCUGGGUUACUGGCUCUGCUACGUCAACAGCACCAUCAACCCCAUGUGCUACGCGCUCUGUAACAAGGCCUUCCGCGACACAUUCCGCCUGCUGCUGCUGUGCCGCUGGGACAAGAGGCGCUGGCGGAAGAUCCCCAAGCGCCCGGGCUCUGUGCACCGCACCCCGUCCCGGCAGUGUUGAUGCCGAGCCGCGCCCGGACCAACCUAGCCCCGCCAGGCCGAUACCUGUGCGUAAGCACAGCUUCCCGACCCUAAGAGAGCCGCCCCAUCACCCAUCCAUCCCCGUCAAUUCCGCUCAACAGUACUGAUUAAGCGCCUGUUGUCUACAGCGUGCCUUGUGUGGCGCCCUCAAGGAACUUACAGCCUAAUAGGGAAGUUACCGCAGGGGCACAAUAGAUCACGAUGUACGUGAUGUCGGUAUUGAAAGUGAUGGGGCGAAGGAGAAAUCCAGACAAAAUUAUCUCGGGAUAUUUGAGAAGGGAGGCAAUGUUUGCAGCUAGGAGAAUCCAGAAGGCUUCGUGGAAGAGGUGGCACCAGCAUUGGGCCAGAAAAGCAGAGACUUUAGGGAGCGGAGGAAGAUGGGAGAGCCGCUUCCCAGGGAACUUUUGUCCUCUUCCAGGGAAACAACGGCCCUGCUCAUUUCCCAAGCCUUGCUGAUUCCAAGGAGGAGAGGGAAGGACCAGGGAAACAGGUUUUUCUGCUUUCCAGUUGGAAGGAAGGGACCGUGCACCAGGAAGAAGCUGCAGGAGGAGGAUCUGAGCCUUGUUUGUCGAAGGCCUGAGCAGACCAGCAGGAUAGUGGUGGAAAGAAAUCAAGUUUAUAGUUAGCACUUAAUAGGAAUGGCGCCCUGAGCCCCGCACCUGGGCCAAGGUGGCUUUCGAGGGGCGCGCCCUCUGGUGGCCACAGGAGAACUGACCCGUACAGAAGGCUCCUGGCACAUCUUGGAAGUGGGCUUUGAGAAUGGGUUGGGCAGAGAACUCGAGCAAAGCAAGUCUGGCCCCACCCAGUGAGGUCGGACCACUGAGCAGCCCUCCCCAGAUCCCGCCCUCUGCUGAUGCCACCCCGACCCCGACCCCAGAACAAAGCCCAGGAAAGGAAAGGGGGAGGGAGAGGUACAAACAGACAGAAAGAGAAUUGCUUUGGAGUCCUGGCACGAGAUAAAGACAAAUCCUUUGCUGACUGCGAGGCCUUCCCUCCCCUCCCCGAAGUCCUCGAGGGAAGGCUCCGCACUCUGCACAGAUCUUGAUGUCUAAGGACAAAAUCUCUCGCAUGCCGCCCUUUGCCGUCUGUGCUGUGAGGCCCUGCUUUCGGCUCUGCCUCCCCCACCCCACCCACCUCCACUAACCCCACAUACACACGCUCAGGUCUGAGCUCUCAGGCCAGGCACCCAACACGUGUGUGUGCCCACAGACCCAGUGUUCCAUGCAUGGCCGUCCAGCCCCCAGCCCCUACCCCCUACCCUUGCCCGGACCCAUCUUGGCCCUGAAUGUUUGUGUUCUUCCGGUCUUUGGUGAGAGACCCGUGUAAAUAAAGAAACAAACAGCAGCA